AUGAGUGUUGUCGCAAGUAGACCGGAGAGCCCUGCGGUGCCGUAUACCAUCCCGCAGGACGCCACUUGCAAAGAAUGGACUGUCACAGUUCAACCAGUCACUUCUCGAACUUCCUCCGUUUCCUCCUACAAAUCAAACUAUACAGCCUCGACCGCGCCAACCUCCCAUCCGCCUACAUCCCCGACGCCUUCCUCCCGUCAAUAUGAUUCCGUGGGGUCAAUCCCCAGCAUCGGGGUCGAACCAGUUCAAAAACGCAUCCCGCACGAAGUAUACGAGGUGAUCAUUGACAACCUCGAGAAUUUACAUAAAGCGCCACAUCAGACGGGAUGCACAACAUGUUACCAGCGUGACUUACAUGCCCUCUCCCUCACCUGUCGAGGAUGGGAGAAGGCAGUUCGCGCACGAUUAUAUAAUCAAAUACACAUUGUUGGAAACGACUCCCCAGCCCAAUUGAAGAAAUAUCGCCUCAAGAGAGGUAGUCGCUUGAAGUUACUGAGACGUACCCUCCGUGAACGGAAAUUGCUGGCCAAUCUCGUCUAUGAGCUACGCGUUCCCCAGAUGGACCUCCUCUUCACAACAACAAAACAAAGCGCGCAAUGGCAGGAAUAUCGAGAUCUGAUCGCGUCCGUCGUCAUGGUGUGUCCGAACUUGGAGCGAUUGCUGGGCUUGACUAUUCCCUACCACCACGAGUUCGACCGCUUAACCCACGCCUUAUCUACGCGUAAGAAGCUCAAGGAGCAUAUCUGGGUCCUGGGCGAGGCUACAGAAGUGUCCGAAAUGUCACCACGCAGCGACUCUUGCCCCGGCAGUCUAGGCCCCUCUCAGAUGUUUGAGUUCUUGGAUUAUCAUGUCUCAUGGUCGAACCUGGAGACAUUGAUGUUGUAUGGGCUGAAUGGUAAUGGUGCCUUGGAACCCAGUCUCUUUUUGCGCAUGUUUGAUCUUUUACCCUCACUCAAAAAUCUUUGCAUCUCUUCCUUUAAUGAAGAUGCGUUUGCCGAUAGCACGCUAUUAUGCCUUCCAUCUUUGGAAUCUGUGAGAUUGGAGAGUUUACCUGGUGUAACUGAGGGGGGUCUUAUGCAGUUUGCAACCCGCCCUGAAUCUCGUUCAUUGAAGUCAUUCGUCUUGGUGGAGCAAAACGUGGAGUCCCUAUUGGUUAUCUCCAAGAUUCUCUCCUCUCUAAGACAACUCGAACGAUUCAAAUUUGUACAAACGGGUAAGUGCCCGAUCAUGCCAGAUGAGGGCAUGGUAUUUCAACCUAUCCUGGCUUCUUCGACCCUUAAAUAUCUCCAUUGGGAUGUGGCUUGCCCAGAUCCAGGCAUUGCUCUUUCGCAACUCGACUGCCCUCCCUUCCGACAAAGUCAGAAAAUCUCCGAUACCCCCAACUCCCACCUCGCGCAAAGCAUUCUUUCGGCUGGUUUUCCGAACCUUGAGACCCUUCGUGCGCCGAAUGAUGUUGAGCCCCCCGGUGUUUUACAGGCUGUCUGUCGACCUAUCACUAAAGGCCAAGCCCUACUACGACCAGACCGCUACAGUCUACCUCGCAGUUCCCACGGCUCCGUCAAUACACGACCGCUUGCUCUACCGGCUGGAAAUAACUUGACGUCUUCCCGAAUUCGCGCCCAAACUUUCAUUGAUAUGGCUGUUAAAGAUACCGAAGCCGGAAUGCUGGUUCUGAUUCAAGAUUAUUCAGAUACUUAUGUCCCAGAUAACGCCCUUACAACAUCAUUUGACGAGGAGCCAGAACAAGAAAUGGACGAUUACGGAAUCUGGGCUGCCUGCGAACGCUAUAAGAAUCGACCCACUGACGAGGAAUUCGAAGGCCCUAAGACCGUUUAUGAAUUCCACAUGCCUGCUUAUAUGGGACGCACAGGCUUAAGGGACCCAUUGACUAAUUCAUCAAUUCCUAAAUUCUUGCUUCGGCCUGAUAUCUGCGGCCAAGAAUCCGACGGCGGCUUGAUUGGAUGGAAGCAACUCCUUGCAUCUAACCAGUCUCUAUCAUACGCUGCCGGUAUGGGAGUGCAUUGCUUCGACAGUCGCAGCACUAUCAGUUUGCCGCCAUUAGACGAGGUAGCAUCGCCAUCUUCAACUACCACAUCCCGCUUCGCCUGGGGCAGCUUAGGUGGUCGUUCCACCGGCACCCCUGCGACUCCCACCACACCUAUCACUACAAUCAGUAAUGGGUCGACAUCUGCCCUCCCCUGGGAAAAAGAUUCUUGCACUGGCUCAUGGAACCAUAAAACUGGCCGUGACUGGUGGUUUCAUAUGGAACGCGACCGGCCAGGAAACUCCGAACUCAUCGAUGCCAAAAAACUCUUCUGA